GGAUUCGAAUGAAGAAUGAGAAAGAAGCAAAAACAUUACAAACCAUUUGUAGCGCUUACUGGAGCCGUACCCGUAGUUCAUUGGCUACAAAAUCCUAUACUCUGCUUAUUCCGCCAUCUUGAUAUCAGAAGAACCAGCGGAUCUGACGAUUGGACGACGCGUCGCGGCAUCAUCGCGACAUCGCUCCCCACCCCCGGCGAAACUUGCCACGAUUUCUCGUCUUCUCGUUCUCACUCCUUCGCGGCUCGUCGGCGCUGCAUGGUCCUGUGCUCGGUCACGGUCUUGCUACAGAUUAUCUGCAAAUUAAUCAUGGAGAACAAGGAGCGCACCUUCAUCAUGGUCAAGCCGGACGGCGUGCAACGCGGUCUGAUCGGCAAAAUCAUCCAGCGCUUCGAGCAGAAAGGCUUCAAGUUGCUGGCGAUGAAGAUGGUCUGGCCCACCGAAGACCACUUGAAGAAGCAUUACGCCGACUUGGCAUCGAAACCUUUCUUCCCAGGCUUGGUCAAAUACAUGAGCUCAGGACCAGUCGUGCCGAUGGUCUGGGAAGGUUUGAACGUUGUAAAAACGGGUCGUGUAAUGCUGGGCGAGACAAAUCCGAAAGAUUCCGCGCCAGGCACAAUCCGUGGCGACUAUUGCAUAGAGGUCGGUCGCAACAUCAUCCACGGCUCCGACUCUGUCGAAUCUGCUAAGAAAGAAAUUAACCUGUGGUUUGGAGAGAAGGAAGUGAUCGACUGGACGCAGGCGUCGGAAAAAUGGAUCUACGAGGCUUAAAGAAGAUUUACUUACGUAACGAUUCCUUCGAAAGAUGCUGUGUCUUUAAUUCAUCUUAUUAAAGUGUAUUCUUCAGCUCACAUUACCAACUAAACUUUGAAUAUGUGAUUCAAAUUUUUUAAAGCGGGACAGACAUUUGUCGGAAAAAAUCUUCCGAGACUUGUUAAGAAUAAAUAAAUUGCUGUAUUCUAUAAAA